UUUUUCCUCCAAAAAAAUUGUCGUGAACGGAAAACCCUAAUUAUCGAGUACAGUAACUCUGUAACUGCCCUUGGAUGCUGACCAUCUUCCCCAAUUGUCCCUUUUCUUUCUUUCAACAACUCUUGUCCCUUGGAUGCUGACCAUCCUCCCUCUUCAUCUCUCUAAAAAACUGAAGAAUUCCCCUCUCUGAAAACGGCGAAAGUAAAAUUCUACAGAAUUCCGAAUGAAUUCUGUAGGAACUUUUUUUGAACAACCAUGAAACGACGAUAUGACCCUAAGGUGCCGAUUGAUAUUAGCGAGGACGAAGAAAUAGGGGAAUGUCUCGCCAUAGUCAAAAAAGAAAAGCGAGAAACCAAGAAAAUUGGAGUGAAGGUGGUGAAAAAGUCCAAUUCGAUAAGCGAGGAAGAAGAAUCGGUUACCUUCCAGAUUGAGACUGACAUUCCGCUUAGGUGGGUAAUGAUCGCGUUUUGUCAGAAAUCGGGUUUGGAUUUUCAAACCAUCCGAUUUGAGUUUAACAGUGCUAAGUUAAGGGAAACGGAUACUCCCCAUCAACUUGGCAUGGUUCAUGAUGAUGUAAUUUUUUCCACCCUUAUUCCAGGUGGUUCUGGGUAUAGUGCUGUGAAUUAUGUAACUCUAUGCAUCCGCAUGCAUAAGGAGACAGACAUGUUUCGUAGUGUGAGACGCUCUACAGCUAUACUGCCUCAGCUUAUGCGAUGUUUUCCUAGCAGUGGACCUCAAAAACAAGGCUCUCUAAGCUUUGUUUACGGAGGAUUGAAGUUAGAUGAGAAUCAUACAGCUAAGGAACUCAAUAUGGAAGAUGGUGACGUCAGUGAUGGCUUCAAUUUUAACACAAUGAGUUCUUCCUUGAGCAUAAUUCGUCCACAUAUUACUCUCAAAGUGAAAUGUGUGUCGGGCAAUUUGACGCUGUUCAGAGUCACUCAGAACACUCGUUUGGGUCAGAUGAUGGAUAGAUUAGUGCCGCCGAAUCCAUUGUCGGGCGAUAAAAACAUUCGCUUUCUUUUCCAUGGCAGACAACUUGAAGCUACAAAAACAGUUGAGGAGGUGCAGCUCCAGGAUGGUGAUCAAAUUGAUAGCAUUCUUUGUCUUAGAGGGUGUUAAAGUUUGUUUGGUCGAUUAAUCAUGUACGGAGUAAUACAAGUAUGAUUUUGCUUUGUAAAUAUCGUUUUAUUUUCCCUCGUAAGAUUUUUAGCAGUUGCAGUAAAAAGCUGAUGAGAUUGCUGGUUGUUUAGCUGGUUUAAGGGCUACCUACAUUUGCUACUAGAUUUUAGCCAGUGCGAUGCACGGAUUUUAUUAAAUUGUUAUCUUUUUUUUUUGACGAUAAACAUCAUAUGUAUAUACCACUUUUAUAUAUUAGAUUAGAUUAGUUUUUUUUA